CGUCUUGCUCAAAUACAGUCACCAUGGGUAUCGUUGAAAAGAUCAAGGAAAUCGAGGAUGAGAUGGCGAGAACGCAGAAGAAUAAGGCCACGGAGUACCAUUUGGGCCUGCUAAAAGCCAAACUUGCUCGCUACCGUGCACAGCUACUGGAACCCACUUCGAAAUCUGGGCCUGCUGGCACAGGAUUUGACGUUCAAAAGUCUGGAGAUGCUCGAGUUGCCUUGAUUGGUUUUCCAUCGGUGGGAAAGUCCACACUCCUUAGUAAACUUACACAUACGGCAUCAGAAACAGCAGCAUAUGAGUUCACAACCCUGACGGCUAUACCUGGUGUAAUUGAGUACAAGGGCGCGCGCAUACAGCUUCUUGAUCUUCCAGGAAUUGUCGAAGGCGCUAGCCAAGGCAGGGGACGUGGACGACAGGUUGUGUCAACUGCAAAGACUGCAGAUCUCAUUUUAAUCAUGCUUGACGCGACCAAGUCAGAGGAGCAGCGAAGGCUCCUAGAGAUCGAGCUGGACGCCGUGGGAAUAAGACUCAAUAAGAAGAGACCUGAUGUUGUAUUCAAGAAACGGACAACCGGCGGAAUUACGUUUACGUCGACCGUCAAACUGACGAAAACUGACGAGAAGACCAUCCGAACUAUUCUUGCGGGAUAUAAACUUCACAAUUGUGAUGUCAUGAUCAGAGAAGAUAUAACAACCGAUGAAUUUAUCGACGUUCUCAUUGGGACACGCAAAUAUAUUCCGUGCCUGUAUGUAUAUAACAAAAUUGACUCCAUCAGUCUCGAACAAGUCGAGAAACUUGCACAAAUGCCUCACACGGUUGUCAUUAGUUGUGAGAUGGAUCUCAACUUAACAUUCCUGGUUGAGAAAAUUUGGGAUGAACUUGGUAUGGUGAAGAUAUACACCAAAAAACGUGGUGACCAUCCAGAUCUCAACGAUCCCAUAUGUUUGCGAAAGGGAUCCACAAUCGAGAGUGUUUGCAACGGCGUUCAUCGGUCACUUGCACCAAAUUUCCGAUACGCGUUGGUUUGGGGUAAGUCUAGCAAGUUCAACCCCCAUGCGCAGAAGGUCAGUAUUACGCACCCGGUGCAAGAUGAAGACGUCGUUUCCAUUUUCACAAAGUAACAAGAACUCUUAGCGGUUGCAGAAACCAUGUCCGCAUUAAUGCAUUGAAUGUUCUAAACACCGUUGUGAUAGGAGCGACCGGUAUUCAAGGGUCCCCGAGAUUAAUUGACGUACUGAAUAGGGAAAGAGUAAUGUUUGGCCAUGAUACUGCCCGAUCGGACGUUCCAAAUUGACAAGUACAACGUUGAACCCUUGAAGACCGAUACUUGCGGACCUCUGAGGCGGCCUGCUACAGUUCUUGUUUGUACCGUUCGAACUUGAAGACAGAUUGCGACGGGCCUGUAGACUGUUCUUCGUUUCUGCACACUUACUGUACACCGCCUAUUAUAUUACCAGCUAUUACCAUCUUCUUCCAAAUUUUAAAAUCAAAUGAGUGCAUCCGC